AAAAGGAUCAUGUCUCAUUUGCGUCAUUGGAAUAUGUAAGAAAAGAAGUGUGAAGAAGACAGCGCACUGAAUGAAGGCAGAGCUGAGAUUUCUAUUUUAGGUACAAACUAGGAAAGAGAUUUUCUCAGUGUGGAGUCUAAGGUUGACUUACAAAAGAUGUUGAGAAGCAAUGAGGAUAUAAGCCAAAGGGUGUAGAAAUAUCAACUGUUGCGUCAGAUGUUGAGAAGCAAAGAGGAUAGAAACUAGGAAAUUGGUGUUUUGAGACCACGUUGCACCCACUCUCCUACUGUUGGUGCCAUGGCUUGUGAUGGACUUUGGAAGGUGUGGAUAACUGGGUAGUCAAAACCUAAUGACCAAGUGGAGGAAGAGAGAGUUGGCACUGUAGCAAAAUAUUGGCACCUAUUUCUCAAGGCUCAAAGGAUCAAGGAUGUCUAGACCUCAGCUGAAGAGCAUUUGUGGUUUGUGCAUGGUGUCAACACUCAAGACCCAAGUGUUAAGACCUUUAGUUGCUUACAGCAUUUUUAUGUAUGUUAUACUUGUACCCAUACAUUUUAUGCUGAUCAUCUUUAUAGGGGAUGAUUUUGAUCUGGACUAGAUCCCGAGGUUUUUCUUGAUUUGGUUUUCCAAGCAAAAACUUUGGUGUUGAUUCUCUUUACUUUUUCACAAUUACUUUUAGGAGUUUGAUUACUGAUGGUUAGUGGUAAUGUCUUAUUCUGUCUCCUUAAUAAGUCUACAGAAAUGGAUAAAAAUGCCAUCUUGAU